AUGUUUCCUUUAAUUCAUUCAUUUUCAAUUUUUUAUUCUUAUGUUUUCUCCUUCAGCUACAAUUCUUGUUUAUUCCUCAUUUAUUUUUAUUUUUUGCAAUGUCGACAUUCUUCCUCGCUUUACUUCUUUUUUUUAUUUCUGUAUUUGUUUCAUUCAUUUUUUUCAUUCCAUAUUUAUUUAAUUUCUCAACUAUACUUCUUUCUUUCUUUCUUUCUUUCUUGCUUUCUUUCUUUCUUUCUACAUUCGUUUCAUUCCUACACUGUAUUUUUUUUCAAUCUUUUUCUUUCUUUAUUUCUUUCUUUCAUUCGACAUACAUUUCAAUCUAUAACUACCUUUAAUUUAUUCAUUUUCUUUCUUUUAUUCUUUCCACAUGUAUUUCAUUCCUCGGCAUUCAAUCUUUUUCUUUCAUUCCACAUUUAUUUCAUUUCUCCACUAUACUUAUUUCAUUAUUUUUUCUCUUUCUGUUUUUCUUUCUUUUGUCCUUUAUUUAUUUUUCCUUUCAUUCUUUCUUUCAUUCUUUCUUUCUUUCUUUCUUUCUUUCUUACUUUCUUUCUUUCUUUCUUUCUUUCUUUCUUACUUACUUUCUUUCUUUCUUUUUUCUUCACACAUUCAGUUCAUUCCUCCACUAUAUUAUUUCUUUCUUUCUUUCUUUCUUUCUUUCUUUCUUUCUUCAUCCCUUUCUUUCUUUCUUUCUUUCUUUCUUUCUUUCUUUCUUUCUUUCUUUUUUCUUCACACAUUCAGUUCAUUUCAUCCACUAUAUUAUUUUUCUUUCUUUCUUUCUUUUCUUCAUCCCUUUCUUUCUUUCUUUCUUUCUUUCUUUCUUUCUUUCUUUCUUUCUUCACAUUCAGUUCAUUUCCUCCACUUUCUUUCUUUCUUUCUUUCUUUCUUUCUUUCUUUCUUCAUCCCUUCUUUCUUUCUUUCUUUCUUUCUUUCUUUCUUUCUUCACAUUUUCAUUUCCACUAUAUUAUUUCUUUCUUUUCUUUCUUUUUUUCUUUCUUUUCUUUCUUUCUUUCUUUCUUUUUCUUUCUUCACAUUCAGUUCAUUUCCUCCACUAUAUUAUUUCUUUCUUUCUUUCUUUCUUUCCCUUUCUUUCUUUCUUUCUUUUCAUCCCUUUCUUUCUUUCUUUCUUUCUUUCUUUCUUUCUUUCUUCACAUUCAGUUCAUUCCUCCACUAUAUUAUUUCUUUUCUUUCUUUCUUUCUUCCUUCCUUCCUUUCUUUCUUUCUUUCUUUCUUUCUUUCUUUCUUUCUUUCUUUCUUCACACAUUCAGUUCAUUCCUCCACUAUAUUAUUUCUUUCUUUCUUUCUUUCUUCAUCCCUUUCUUUCUUUCUUUCUUUCUUUCUUUCUUUCUUUCUUUCUUUCUUUCUUUCUUCACACAUUCAGUUCAUUCCUCCACUAUAUUAUUUCUUUCUUUCUUUCUUUCUUCAUCCCUUUCUUUCUUUCUUUCUUUCUUUCUUUCUUUCUUUCUUUCUUUCUUUCUUUCUUUCUUUCUUUCUUUCUCUCUUUCUUCACACAUUCAGUUCAUUCCUCCACUAUAUUAUUUCUUUCGUUCUUUCUUUCUUUCUUUCUUUCUUUCUUUCUUUCUUUCUCCCUUUCUUUCUUUCUUUCUUUCUUUCUUUCUUUCUUUCUUUCUUUCUUUCUUUCUUUCUUUCUUCACACAUUCAGUUCAUUCCUCCACUAUAUUAUUUCUUUCUUUCUUUCUUUCUUUCUUUCUUUCUUCCUUCCUUCCUUUCUUUCUUUCUUUCUUUCUUUCUUUCUUUCUUCACACAUUCAGUUCAUUCCUCCACUAUAUUAUUUCUUUCAUUUCUUUCUUUCUUUCUUUCUUUCUUUCUUUCUUUCUUCCUUCCUUUCUUUCUUUCUUUUUCUUUCUUUCUUUCUUUCUUUCUUUCACAUUCAGUUCAUUCCUCCACUAUAUUAUUUCUUUCUUUCUUUCUUCCUUCCUUCCUUUCUUUCUUUCUUUCUUUCUUUCUUUCUUUCUUUCUUUCUUUCUUUCUUUCUUUCUUCACACAUUCAGUUCAUUCCUCCACUAUAUUAUUUCUUUCUUUCUUUCUUUCUUUCUUUCUUCAUCCCUUUCUUUCUUUCUUUCUUUCUUUCUUUCUUUCUUUCUUUCUUCACACAUUCAGUUCAUUCCUCCACUAUAUUAUUUCUUUCUUUCUUUCUUUCUUUCUUCCUUCCUUUCUUUCUUUCUUUCUUUCUUUCUUUCUUUCUUUCUUCACACAUUCAUUAUUUCAUUCUUUCUUUCUUUCUUUCUUUCUUUCUUUCUUUCUUUCUUUCUUUCUUCUCAUUCACUUCUUUCUAUUUAUUUUCUUUUUACCCAUUCAUUAUUUCUUUCUUUCUUUCUUUCUUCAUCCCUUUUCUUUCUUUCUUUCUUUCUUUCUUUCUUUCUUUCUUUCUUCUCAUUCAUUCCAUUCCUCCAUUAUUAUUUCUUUCUUUCUUUAUUUUUUCAUCCCUUUCUUUCUUUUUUCUUUCUUUCUUUCUUUUUUCUUUCAUUUUCCAUCUAUAUUUUUUUUCUUUUUUCUUUUCUUCAUCUUUCUUUCUUUCUUUCUUUUCUUUCUUUUUCUUUCUUUCACAUUCAUUCCAUUCCUUUAUAUUAUUUCUUUUAUUUCAUUCAUUUUCUUUCUUUCUUUUUUCUUUAUAUCUUUCUUUAUUUCUUCUCAUUCAUUAUUCCUCCACUAUAUUAUUUCUUUCUUUCUUUCUUUCUUCAUUUCUUUUUCUUUCUUUCUUUCUUUUUCUUUCUUUCUUUCAUUUUCUUUCUUUCUUUCUUUUUCUUUUUUCUCACAUUCUUCCAUUUUCCACUAUAUUAUUUCUUUCUUUCUUUCUUUCUUUCUUUCUUUCUUUCUUUCUUUCUUUCUUUCUUUUUCUUUCUUCUCAUUCAUUUCAUUCCUCCACUAUAUUAUUUCUUUCAUUCUUUUUAUCCCCUUUCUUUUGUCUUCUUUCUUUCUUUCUUUCUUUCUCACAUUCAUUUCAUUCCUCGGAUAUAUUUAUUUCAUUAUUUUUCUUUAUUUCUUUAUUUAUUUCCACAUUCAUUUCAUUCAUGUUCUUCUCUCUUUUUCAGUUCGCUCUUUCAACGUCCCUUGUUUUUCUUUCUUUCCUGUUUCUUUCUUUCUUUCGUUAUUUCUUCCUUUCUUUUAUUAUUUCUUCCAUUCUUUCUUCUUUCUUUCUUUCUUUCUUUCUUCCAUUCUUCCAUUUUCUUUCUUUCUUCCUUCUUUUCUUUCAUUAAUGCUUUCAAUUUUUCUUCCUUCUUUUUUCUUAAAUGUUUCUUUUGUGAUUUCUUUCUUUCUUCCUUCCUUUCAUUCAUUCUUUCUUUUAUUCUUUCGAUCUUUCUUUCUUUUUUUUCAUUUUAUCUUCCUUCCUUUCUUUACUUAUUUUCCACAUUCAUUCUUUCUUUUUUAUUCUUUCUUUCUUUCUUUCUUUCUUUCUUUCCCAUUCUCCACUCUUUAUAUCUAAUUUUUCUUUCUCCGUUUUCAUUCACAAGUUGUUUUUUUUUUAUAUUCCAUCUUGCUUUUUUUUUUUUCCAUAUUCUCAUCAUAUUUUCUUUAUUCUUAAUUUCUUCCGACCUGUCACUCUUCCUUCUUCAAUUCCGUUCUGCCACUUUUCCCUUUUUUCCUACGAUCUUCCUUUCUUCAAUUCGGUUUACCACUUCCACCUCCUUUCUUCCGAAAUUCCUCUCUUUCUCCCUACCAUCCGAAGUUAUUCCAAUAAUUCCGUUCCGCCUCUUUUCCACCUUUUUUUACGACAUUCCAAGUUUUAUUCCUUUAUUCUUACUGUCAUUCCUUUCAUCCUUUCUUAUUACUUUUGAUGCUUUCCUCCAUCUGUCAGACAUUUUUUCUUUCGUUCUUUUCUUUCUUUUUACGGCUUUUUUUUCUCUUUCUUCCUUUAAAACCGUUCCACUACUUUACCUAUGUACGGCUUUCCUACUUUUCAACAAUAUCGCCUCUUUAAGUUUCUUUCACUCAGCGUUACUUCUUUUCAUCAACACAGUUCUACCCCCUUUCCUUCCUUCCUUCAAUACCGUUCGAGACUUUACCGUUCUUUCUUACGGCAUGCUUCCUUUCAUCAAUUCAAUUCUGACACUUUUCCUUCCUUCCUUCAAUACCUCUCGGCCCCUUUACCUUUCUUUCGCUCGACCUUACUUUCUUUCAUCAAUACCGUUCUGUCUUCUUUCCUUCUUUCUUUCAUUACUUCCUUCCUUCCUUCAUCCAUUCUUUCGGCCCCUUUAA